AAACUUUAUGAAAAAUAAGAGGGGUGAGGAACCCAAGAGAUCUAGCGCUCGCAUACAGAAUACCUUCCAGAAGACAUACUAUGGUAAUGAAACUGAUGCAUUCACCAAAGAUUAUGAGACAAGUUAUACCAAUCAGCAAGCUCUCCUUGAUAGCUUUACCAAGAACAAGCGGAAACGUGGCAGGAACAAGUCCAAGAAGGUCGAGACUAAUUCUAGUAGCGUUAGCAGCGAUUUUAAGAACAGAAAGAGAAAAAUCAAGUUCCUUGAUAAAGAUACUGAGAAUUUAGAGGAAUCUACGAGAAAUACUCAUCAGCUAAGCGCCAAUCCGAGGGAUGCUUCAUGAGAAAGCUCAUUUAACCAGAGUGGAAAUAUGCCUUCAAGACCUGCCAAGAGUCCCACAUCUGCUGCGAAGCCCAGAAAGAACUCAAAGAGGAAGAAAAAGGCUCUUAAAGGGAUAUUAAAAUAAUGAUAAUGUUCCAAAGCAAAUUUUGAUGGGAAAGGAGGUUGACAUCACAGAUGUCCCAAGAGGAGAGAUUCCAAGUGAUAGCAAUAUUGAAUUAACCCCUGAAAAUUGUAAUAUUGUGAGCCAAGGUUCAGUAGAUAUGGCCCCUGAUAAUGCCAAGAAGGAGAUUAAAUAAGAAAUCUGGGGUAAAACAAAUAAAGUUUUCAAAGGUUCAUGAAAAUAUUAUGCCUGAAAAAUCAGUGGACCUGAAUACUACCUCUGAUAACAGAAGAGGAGAUGUUCCAGACCAUGAAGACCCGAGUGAGAAAGAGAUUGUAAAGGACGUUUGCUCACAGGAUUCCAAGCUAUCCACAUCCUCAAAGCCGUCAUCUCAGACUUUAUGAUCAAAGAGCACUUUAGAGCAAGCAGAUUGCCAUCCGCUGACAGUGACCCAUAAGACUGAAGCCAACGGUGUUGAAAAGGAAGUGCAGAUCCCGUUGUCGAUCCAAUCUGCGAAGUUGAUAGAAGAGAGCAGUGAUGACAAAGGGGCUCUUAACUUCACCUUGGAGAUAGUAUGCACCCUCAAGCCUAGCACUUGCAAGGAUCUGUGGUCUUAAGGUUUCAGCUUUAUAUUUUUACCAAUAAUUCAAUGUUA